UGUCCGCAGUCUCUGGUCAUCCCCUGUACUGUGUCCGCAGUCUCUGGUCAUCCCUGUACUGUCCGCAGUCUCUGGUCAUCCCCUGUACUGUCCGCAGUCUCUGGUCAUCCCUGUACUGUCCGCAGUCUCUGGUCAUCUCCUGUACUGUGUCCGCAGUCUCUGGUCAUCCCUUCGGUCAUCCCUGUACCGUGUCCGCAGUCUCUGGUCAUCUCCUGUACCGUGUCCGCAGUCUCUGGUCAUCUCCUGUACUCUCCGCAGUCUCUGGUCAUCCCUGUACUGUGUCCGCAGUCUCUGGUCAUCCCUGUACUGUGUCCACAGUCUCUGGUCUCAUCCCUGUACUGUGUCCGCAGUCUCUGGUCAUCUCCUGUACUGUGUCCGCAGUCUCUGGUCAUCCCUGUACUGUGUCCGCAGUCUCUGGUCAUCCCUGUACUGUCCGCAGUCUCUGGUCAUCCCUGUACUGUCCGCAGUCUCUGGUCAUCCCAGUACUGU